AUGAUAUUGGUAAAGGGUAUUGCUUUGCCUGCUGCAUCAUAUUAUGGACAUUAUAAAAUUGUUGAAUUAUUAUUAAAAAGAGGUGCAUCACGAUCAAUGAAAAAUAAAUACAAUUAUAUACCAUAUCAAGAGAGAAAAAAAGCUGAAAUAAAAGAAUUAUUUUCAUGUGAAAAUGCUAAUAAUAGAUUAGUACGAAAUCUAAAUAAAACAAUUGAAUGA